UGGACUCGUCCUCAAGCGGGUUCCAGGUAUGAGUGUCACAACAUGACGAAUAGAGACGUACACUAUAGCAUAACGGCAGAGACGACUUAGACAGAAGCUGAAACAUAAUACCCUACUUAAGUGAUGGUAUGGACAUACUUGUGUAAUGGGAAAGAUGACUUUCCAGCACUGACAGUAUUUUGAAGAACAAGAAUAAUCAAGAUGAAGGGUAUUUUGGUCCUGCUGUUGAUCAUUAUAGGACUGUUCAGACACUCAGGUGCCCAGAUCCAAGUAACUGAGUGUGGGGAUCUACCAGUGGUCUCAGUAAGCGAGGCCACUCCAGCAGGCACUGUGCUGCUGAAUUUCACAACUUCAACUUCUGGAGUCACUGAUAUUGUUAUUGAAGACCUAGAGCCUGCUGAUGAAUUUGUCAGCCUAAACAUCAGUAGAAGAGCUUUAGUUCUUAAACAUGCCAUAGAUGCAGAAAACAUGACUGCCCUCAGUUAUAAAUUUACUCUGAGAUGCAGAUUCAAAGUAGGAGGAAUUGAACGGCAAGGGGUAAAUUUUUUUAUAAAUUGA